CUUCAAGACCUCCCUCUCCCUCUCUCUCCCUCUCCCUGUAUCUCGUAGCUGGGUUUUGGCUAAAGUGCGCCUUUCUCUCCUUCUCCGACUGGGUCUUGCUGAAGUGCUCCUUUCCGCCCUCUUUCAACUACCUAGGUCUUGCUAUAGUGAGCCCACCUUGGUCUUGCUGAAGUGCGCCUUUAUGCUUCAUCUGCAGCCCAGCGCCUCUCUUCUCUCUCUCUGCUGAUUAGGUUUUGCUAAGGUACGCCGCUUUGAUUCCUGCUAGCUUGGCUUUCGCCCACCAUCUUUCCCGUUUUUUCUCUCUCUACUGUUUAGGUUUUUGCUUCGAGGUUUUUUUUUCCUUCUCCCUUCCCAUGUUACCAUUUCAUCCACGUGUUUCCUUCUUCGAAUCGAUAUCUUAGAUCUCCGUUCUAUCUAAUCGAAUCCGCUUCGAAAUCACUCCAUUUUUUGUAGGAUCUGGUGUCGAUUUGAGCAGAGUCUAGCCUUUAAACGUUAGAAAUUAGGGAAAGAUCUUAUUGCGUUUAUUUUUCGAAUCAUCGUCAAAGAUCCGUGAAAAUCUCAGUAGAAAUUCCUGAUUUUUUUCGUAUAUUUUGUUUCUGGCAUUUGAUAAACUGCGAUCCAUUAAAAAUAUCAUAGGCUUUUCAAAAUCCACCUAAUUUGAUUUUUUGGAAUGAUUUUGGUUUUCAUUUAAAAAGAAAAUAGAUUUCGUAAUCAAUCGGUUAGGGUUAGGAUUUUGGAACAUCGGGUCUUGGUGGAGGGUUAGGGUUUUGAAACAUCGGGUCUUCGUGGAGGGGCUGCAAAAUCAAUGGUUAUGGAUCCAGGCCUUAGAGAAUUAUCUGCCAUCUUGAAUGGUGGUAUUAAAUUCGAUGACUAUCUGUCGGAACAUGACCUUGAUAAGGCGUUGAAACUGGAUCCCUUGCCCUUCAUAGAUCAGAACGUCAUGGAUCUGAACCCUGUUCUCGAUCCCAAUCCUACUCCGUUUUCAGGCGUGAGCCCCGCCGAGGGGGAGUCGCCAGAAGAUUGCGAGAUAUUCUCCGAUAUAGCUUUAAAGUACAUUAGCCAGAUGCUUUUAGAAGAAGAUUUGGAGAACUUUGUGUAUGAAGAGAGUUCGGUGGCCCUUAAAGCCGCUGAGAAACCCUUCUAUGAUAUCUUAGGAGAGAAAUACCCACCCUCACCCGACCAACAUCCUCUUUAUGUCGAACAUAACGCGGAGAGUCCUGAUGGCUGCAUCGCCAGCAGUUGCAGUACUUAUAACAGCAGCAGCAGCAACAGCAACGUGGAUGGUAGCUGGGUAGGUGAUGCCGGGGAGUAUCCGUCUUCUCAAAAUAUUCUUUCUGUUUAUACGGAUUACACUUCUCAGUCGUCAUUCAGCUCUCCUAAUAGUGGUAGCAGUGCUGUAGACGGGUUGGAAGAAUCCCCGACGAAUGCAAUCAGAAUUGCUGAUUUCCUCAGCGAGAGCCAGCCCGUUUGGCACUUCAGGAGAGGAGUGGAGGAAGCGAACAAGUUCCUUCCAAACAGUAGGAACUUGGUCGUGGAUGUCGAUAACAGUGGGUUCGGGUUCUUACCUCGAGAACCAAAGGAAGAGGCUGGUGUGGUCGAGGUAAAGGCAGAGAAGAAGGACGAGAGAGAUGACACAGCUAAUGGUUCGAGGGGGAGGAAGCAUCCUCACCGGGAGGAUCUUGAUUUGGAAUUGGAAGAAGGAAGAAGUAACAAACAGACUGCUGUUUACUCUGAGGAGACACUGCGAUCGGAGAUGUUCGAUAUGGUGUUGCUUUGCACUGAAGGGAAAUGUGGCCCCACCUUGUCUAAGCUCCAAGAAUCCUUGCAGAAUGGAGCGAGCAAGAAUACACAAAGUGGCCUACCCAAGGGAUCGAAUGGCACAGCUAAGACUCGCGGUAAGAAGCAGGGAAAGAAGGAAGUGGUAGAUUUGAGGACUAUCCUUAUCCAGUGUGCACAGUCCGUCGCGGCCGAUGAUCGCAGGACUGCAUACGAACUUCUGAAGCAGAUCAAGCAACACUCGUCUCCUUUUGGAGAUGGCUCACAGCGGUUAGCCCAUUACUUUGCUAAUGGCCUUGAGGCCCGUUUAGCUGGCACUGGGAGCCAGAUUUCCAUCGCCCUUGCCAACAAAAAAAUGUUGGCUGCAGACAUCUUGAGAGCUUACCACCUUUUUCUUUCCGCCUGCCCUUUCAAGAAGAUUUCACACUUCUUUGCAAACCAGAGUAUUCUGGAUGUGGUAGAAAAUGCACCGAGGCUCCACAUUGUGGACUUUGGCAUUUCUUUCGGCUUCCAAUGGCCAUGCCUCCUUCAACGACUCUCAGGAAGAACUGGUGGGCCCCCCAAGAUUCGAAUCACUGGAAUUGAUGUCCCCCAACCUGGUUUUCGCCCUGCCGAGAGGGUUGAAGAAACUGGGCGUCGUCUGGCGGACUACGCUCGUAGUUUCAACAUCCCUUUUGAGUAUAUUCCUAUUGCUCAGAAAUGGGAAAGCAUCCAAGUCGAAGAUAUCAAAAUCAAAAAGGAUGAGGUGCUUGUAGUGAACUGUUUAUAUAUGUUUAAAAAGCUCGCCGAUGAGACAGUGGUCAUCGACAGCCCAAGGAAUAUUGUCUUGAACACGAUCAGGAAGAUGAAUCCGGACAUUUUCAUCCAUGGGAUAGUGAAUGGAGCUUACAGCGCCCCCUUCUUCAUCACCCGUUUCCGGGAGGCUCUGUUCCAUUGGUCCGCAUUGUUUGAUAUGCUAGAGACCAAUGUCCCACGAGAGCAUCCAGAGAGAAUACUGAUCGAGAAAGAUCUCUUUGGGCGGGAGGCGAUGAACGUCAUUGCAUGUGAGGGCGCUGAGAGGGUUGAGCGGCCGGAGACGUACAAACAGUGGCAGGUUAGAAACCUUAGGGCAGGAUUCAGGCAGCUCCCACUGAAUCAGGAUAUCAUGAAGAAAGCAAGGGAUAAGGUGAAAUCCAGCUACCAUAAGGAUUUUGUCAUCGAUCAAGAUAGCCAGUGGAUGCUGCAAGGAUGGAAGGGUCGGAUCAUCUAUGCCCUUUCCACUUGGAAGCCGGACCACGGAAGGUCUUGAAUCUUUGAAAGUUAUGUUCAUAGUACUCAAAAAGUCUAAAGGCUUCUCUUUUCUCCUUCAGUCAGCGGGAAUUCAAUUAAAGGUGCUGUGGCCAACAUGGAGGGGGAAGAGAGGUAAUGCAAGGUACAGAUCCAUGACCCUGGAUGUCAGCCCGACGGGGUCUCGAAUUCUAUUGGAGAAUGUUUCAUGAAGGGCUGUAAAAUUCAAAUGCUAUAUGCAUAUCUCAUUAUAUUAAAGUAGUAAAAAGGUGUGUUUUUGAAGGUGGGUAUGAUGUUGGAAGUAGGGAUUAGUCUGUAAAGAGCCGUUUUAUAUGGCAGAUAUGGAGUGUAAGAGUCUGUUUUCCUGUGAA